AUGCGUUGUGCUUACGCAUUUCUCCUAGUUCCGAAGCCGUCAAUGCUACAUCUGGAGCGUUUAGUAGUUAUAGGCGUUGACACAGAUUACUCUCAUUAUGGUGUCUACAGACCUCAUGUUCAGGGAAAGUUUCCCGAUAUCAGCCAGGAAAUUGGUAUAGCUAUGACCAAGUACUCUAUCGACAUUCCAGGGACAUAUUUAAGGGCUUACUGUUCCUUUGAUGUUCCAGUUAAUGAUAUAGUAGAAAACGUCAAAACUAACAUGGAGAAAAUCACCUCAACAUCUCAUCUUAACUUCAAUGUUGACGAAAAAAAGGUUCAAGAGUGCCUUGCUCAUAUCCAAAACAUGCCACUGGGAAUAAACGAUUACUCACCAAUAAACUUCGAAGACCUUAGGCGAAUGAAUUAUUGUUCUGCAGGUGAAAUUUUUGCCUUGAAUUUUCGGAAUCAACUGAGCGUGAAGGGAGCUGGUUUCAAUUCUAUAAGACGAGAAUCUACAAGGACGAAAUGGGUAAAAUUUAGAGAGCCGAUUGAAGCCCAUGACAUAUUUUUGCAAGAGCAGUUCCAUGGAAACCUAUAUGUUUAUAAUUCCAAUGGUCAAUUUACAGAUAGUUAUUUCACUUUACUUGUAUGGUAUCAGGGCCAUCUACACCGAUUUUUCAAGAAUGCGUCUGAAUCGUGGUUUAGCGCAGAAACCCGAAUAGGCUCGGAGGCGAUGAAUGCAGAAAAGAUUCAGUCAGGCUUACUGAAAAAAUAUAGGUACCCAAUGAACUUUAAUCUACUAAUCGAACAAAUCCAAGAGGAAUACAAAAGUUGGCACUGCAGCCGUAUUUUGGCAUGGUGCAGCCAGCCAGUGAUAAAACAGAAAAAGUUAUCGGCCGAGAAUAAAGUUCGCCAGUUUGAUUUGAAAUCACUUCCUAUUUACGGGCUAUAUUCAUUGGAGAUAUGA